AUGGCCCGAGCAAGAGAAGCUAUGCAAUUUAUAAUGUUUAAGGAAUUUAUAAGAUCUAGCUAAAAUUAUAUUGGAUUAUAAUAGGAAAAAAUACACAAAAUUUCUAUUAUUAUAGAUAGGGAUAUAGAUUUGUUGAUUAAAAAGCUGGAAAAUCAGCUAGGAGUGACUGAAGCAACGCUAAAUGAAAAUUUGCGAACUCCAGAAGAGAAAGCCCUUCAAAGCUCAGCUGUAGAGACUCCUCAAGCAGCUCCAAAAGAAGAACAAAAAGCUGAAGAAACUCCUAAGACUGAGGAAACUAAAACAGCUUCAAAAGCAACAGAAUCUGCAGCCUCUUCUCAUCAUGAAGAAGAAAUUAAGGUCAACCUUGCAGAAGCUCCACUCAACUUAUUCAACCAAAUUGAUAUAAGAGUAGGAAGAAUUGUCGAAUGCUGGAAACAUCCUAGCAGCGAAGCUCUUUACUGUGAAAAAAUUGACCUUGGUGAAGGAAAUCUCAGAGAAAUCGGCAGUGGGCUUCAAAAACACAUCCCAAUCGAAGACAUGAGCGGACUUGUCCUUGUCUGUGCGAAUUUAAAGCCAAGAAAGCUUGCUGGGUUUAACUCAAAUGGAAUGGUCUUUGCCUUGCAUACUCCAACUGGCUUUGAACUAGUCAGGCCACCAGUAGGGUCUGCUGUAGGGGAAAGGGUAGGAAUAGAAAAUAUUCGCGCUGCUUCAAAUGAGCCAAUCUUACCUGCUUUGAAUCCUAACUCCCCCCCCCCCCUCCGUGAGCGAACAAAAAAAUUUUGUUCGCUCACGGAGGGGGGUUAAUUUUUUUUUUUAAAAAAAAUUUUUUUCGAAAUUUAAAAAAAUCCUAAUUUGCAAAAAUUGGGAAGCAAAUAUUAAUUUAAAUUUGCAAAAUUUAUGUUUUUUAAAACGCAAUUUGUUUAAAAUUAAACAGAAUUAGCUCUAGAUUUCAUUAUACUAAUUAUCACUUAUAUAUCAAAAUUUUUUUCCAUUAAAAUUUUUUCUAUUAAAAAAAUUUUUUGUUCACUCACGGAGGGUGGGUUUUUGGUCAAAAAAUGGCGAUUUUUCUAAUGGUUUUGUUCGCUCACGGAGGGGGGGGGGAGUAAGAAAAAAAUUCUUGAGCAAUGCACUCCAUAUCUUCAAACUGACGGAGAAGGUUUUGCUAGCUUCGGACUGAAUAAGCUCGUUACAAGUGCUGGAGUAAUCUCAAGCAAACAUCCUAACGGGCACAUAUCUUAA